ACACUCAGUCAACGUUCAGUCAACACACUCAACAACCAAAAAUAUUUAUUUAUUCACCAUCAUCAUGGCAUUCCAAACCGUCGCCGUGUUCGCUUGCGUGCUCGCCACCGCACUCGCCGUUCCCGCUUACCCAGCACCCGCCGCCGCCUACCCAGCACCCGCCGCCGCCUACCCAGCACCAGCUUACUCCGCACCCAAGUCCUACGCCCCGGAACCUGCCUACGCCCCAGCCCCAUACAACUUCGAAUACAGCGUGCACGACGAUGCCACAUACGACAUCAAGAGCCAAUCCGAAUACAGCGACGGUAACGGUUACGUCAAAGGAUCCUACAGCCUUGUCGAACCCGAUGGCACCAAGAGAAUCGUCGAAUACACCGCUGACGACUACAACGGUUUCGUCGCUGAAGUGAAGAAAGAAGGCACACCGUCUUACAGCUCCGCACCGGCCUACAAGCCAGCGUACAAGGCCCCAGCUUACCCAGCGGCCCCAGCCUACCCAUCGGCCGCCCCAGCCUACAAGCCAGCAUACUCUGCCCCGGCUUACUCUGCACCAGCCCCAGCUUACUCCGCACCAGCUUACUCUGCACCAGCCCCAGCUUACUCCGCACCAGCUUACUCCGCACCAGCCCCAGCUUACGGAUACUCCACCCCAGCCCCAGCAUACUCCGCACCGGCCUACUCUGCUGCCCCGGCUUACAAGCAAUCGUACGCCGCACCGGCUUACAAAAAAUACUAAUUCCUAUACAUAAAAAAUUCUAGGGACCUACCAAUUAAUAAUUUAUUGUAUUUUUAUGUAAAUAAAAUUUCAAUUUCUCCA